AAUGCCACAAUGGGCUCAUCCUAAUUAGUCUUCUUCUUCUGUAUGUGUGAUUCAAAUAAAAAAGAAAUCUCUGUAAGUAUAAAUUUAACUGACAUGGUACUUUGUCUCAUUAUUGGAUGGACAUAAAGAAAAAUUAAAAGAUAAAUCUGAUUCUCAACGGUUUUUCAUAAAAAUCUAAUGAGAACUGACAGAUUGACAGAUUAUGCAAAGUUCAACAUGAUUAUAGUAUCCAAACAUAAACACUAAAAGCAUUUUUUUGUAAAAGUGAAUGCGAAUUCUGAUUGACAGUAAUACAUUGUUGUUUUGAACAAGAGUUUGAGACUCGAUUGUUUCUCAGUAGACAAUUUCACAAGAUUGUAACUAUGCAAGCAAAUGAACAGAAAAGGGAUUCUGUAAUCCGUUUUCCUAAAGAUGCUUCUACAACUGCUGUUAGUGCUGACAUAAGUGACAUGAUAUCCAAAUCACCAGCAUGUAAUGAGCAAAGCAUUGAAAAAUUACAAAUGGAAAACAUGUCUGAAUCUUCCCCAAAUAGAACAGAUGACACUUGUAAAGAAUCCAGAUUUAAGAAGCCGCUUUUACUGAUUGGUCCAAAGAGGGGUAAGAUUGGAAAAAUUCGAAUGAUGAAUGAUAAUAUAAUUUCUGCAUCCUCUGAAUCAUCAUCUACAAAUAAUGAAGCAACUGAAACUUAUCAUUUGCAAGAAGAUACUAAAGAAAAGAUUGAUCUUGAAGAGUCAAUCUUGAAGAAUUCUGCAGAAGAAAAUAUCUUAUCUGAUACAAAAAAUAUUCCUGUACCAUAUUUGGAACCAAAAUGGGGUGGGAAACCGACAGAGGAAUAUAAGUUAGAAGUUCUCAAAUCUGGUAUAAUUGUGGAAAAGAUUGAUUUAACUGAGAGAAGUUUUUACAUAUUAGGUAGAUUACCUUCUUGCAAUCUACCUCUUGCUCAUCCGACUAUUUCAAGAUACCAUGCAAUUAUUCAGUACAGAACAAUGGAGGAUGAGAAAAACUCUAAAGGUUUUUAUUUAUAUGAUUUGGAGAGCACGCAUGGUACAUUUUGGAAUGGACAUCGAAUAAAACCAAGAACUUACGUCCGAUUGCGUGAUGGCCAUAUGAUUAAAUUAGGUUGUAGCCAGAGAAAAUAUAUACUACAAGCACCAAAUGAUCUGGAAGAGGAAUCUGAACUAUCGGUUACUCAAUUGAAGGAAAAACGAUUGGAAGAAUUGCGAGAACGAAAGAUUAGACAACAAGAGGAAGAAGAAGUUAAAGAGAGAGCAAAACAAGCACCUGAAAGUGAGGGUAUUGAUUGGGGAAUGGGAGAAGAUGCCGAUGAGGAAACGGAUCUAACAGAGAAUCCUUAUGCUUCUAUGGCAGAUGAAGAGCUAUAUUUAGAUGAUCCUAAGAAAACACUCAGAGGAUGGUUUGAAAGAGAAGGAUAUGAUUUGCAAUAUCAAGUUGAGGAAAAAGGGAUAGGCCAAUUUUUAAGUUGGAUAAAUUUGCCUAAAGAAUGUUUCGGCGGUCGUUCCAUAAAAGCGGAAGCUCUUGUUAAAGGAAAGAAGAAAGAAUCCAUCAUUCAAUGUGCAUUGGAAGCCUGCAGAAUCUUAGAUAGACACGGAUUAUUGAGACAAGCUAAUCAUGAAAGUCGAAGAAAGAAAGCAAGAAAUUGGGAAGAAGAAGAUUAUUAUGAUUCAGAUGAAGAUAAUUUUUUGGAUCGCACCGGGAUAGUAGAAAGGAAACGUGAACAAAGAAUGAAAUUAGCAGGAAAAUUUGAAGAAAAAAUUGAGACUUAUAGUUCAUUGACUGAAAAGCAUAAUAACAUCAUGAAUAAAAUUUCGCAUUUGACUAAUCGUUUAAAAGAGGCACAAGAAAGCAAAGUUAAAGCGGCGGAAUCCAACGAGGAUUCUUUGGAUGCUUUCAUGUCUAAUCUAAAUACAUCUUCUUUGAGUAAAAGCGAUGUUAUAAAAAUGAAGGUGGAAUUGCAAAAUCUUCAUAAAGAAGAAAUAAGAUUAGUUAAAUUAAUAAAUCUUACAAAGCCGGCCAAUUUACCACCUCUUGUUAGCCAAGUCCAGGCAGAAGAUAAAAAGGACUGUCAGCAACAAAAGUCAAAAACUUCCAUGAAGAAAAUCUCUCAACUUGAAAAAAGAAAAAAACAUUUUGAGGCAAAGAAUAAAGACGAGUUUGUGAGAGUACAAUUGGCAACUUCAGAUAGUAAUAAUAUGGAUAAUGUAGAAGAAGAGGAAGAUGAGGAAGAAAAUGAAGAUAAUAUGAAAGAAAAAAUUGAAAGUGAUAUCACAAAAUCUUCGUCAUGCAAAGACGAAAUAAAAUCACAGGAUUGCACUAGAACCAACGAUGAACUGUGUAUUUUGAGGGGUGUCGAUAUGGAAACAGAAGAACGAAAUGCGAAUAUUGUAGAUGAUAAGAAACGAAGAAAAGAUAAAAAAUCAGAGAAAUCAAAAAUUAUGAAAAAACAAUAUGAUCAAGAUAUCCAUUCGGAAGAUUAUUCUACAUGGAUACCACCGCAAGAUCAAUCUGGAGACGGUAGAACAACUCUUAAUGAUAAAUACGGAUAUUGAAUUAAGGUUAAUGCUAUAUAUAUAUAUGUAAAAUAAAUAAUGUAAAUACAAUCAAAACUUUAUUUGACAUUAAUAAUAGCACUCUUUAUAUGUAAUAUACAAAAUUUUAUAUAGACUGCACUGAAUAAAUGUAAUAAUAAAUAUAAUAUA